ACAUAACCUAGAAACAAAAUGUACAAUUUUUUAGAUUCAACUUUAUUACCAAAAGUAUCAACAAAAACGGCUUGUUUAGAAGGUUUUGAGGUUGAAAAUUUAGUGCACGUUGAUUUCGUUCGUAAAGGAAGAGGAUUUAUAGCAUACGCAACUAUAAGACCACCCGUAGAUGUUGAUUUUGAAUUUAUUUGCAACAUAAAUUUAUCUCAUAUAGUUAUACAUGCAAAAAAUGGUAAUCAAAAGAUAUCUGGAGUUGAAAUUCUAGCUAAAACCCCGACAACGCAAUAUGUGACCAUUUCAAAAGCAAAUUUCGAUGAAGAUGGAAUCAUAGUUUGUAACGCUAGGAAAUAUUCGAGAAAUAAGCGACCCGAAAAUACAGAUAAAGACUUUCAUUUAGUGUUUUUUAAGUCAAACGAAUUUAGGACGUUUUUAAACACUUCAAGUAUUCGAAUCCGUAUCUUAAAGACACCUAAUAUGAAAACGCCGUGUUUGGGAAGAGUUGAAAUUUGGGGAUUGAUUUCAAAGACUUGUUCUCAAGUAACUAUCGAUACAGUUCAUAAACUUUUAAAUAAAACUAAUACUGUUAAUGGAAAUCCAUUAAAAUCUACACCAAGUUGUUCAACUAAAGAGUUUAAAGUUCCCGAUGAAUUUUUAGAUGAAAUUACUUACGAAGUGAUGUCAUUACCUAUGACUUUACCCAGUGGACACACAGUUGAUCAAACUACAUUAGAAAAAUGUUACUCAACAGAUGCUUCUUGCGGACGACACCCAACAGACCCAUUCACCGGAUUAAAAUUUUCUCAGAAAAGAGUGCCCCUUUUAAAUGUUGCGUUAAAAUCGCGCAUUGAUAUGUUUUUGUUGCAAAAUUCGAAUCAAAAGGAGAUAUUUUCUGUUAAACGUACAUUAGGUAGAGCCGGUUUAUAUUGUGAUGGUGAAUCAGAAAGUAAUAAAAAAUUAAAAGGUGAAGAGAUCAAUAAAAAAAGUGUUCAAUUAGACAAUGUUUAUAAUAUUGUUUUAAACAGUGAGAAUUUUAUUAGAUUUUCAAGUGAUGAUAAAUGCAAUUUGGUUAAUUUAAAUAAAAUGGAUAAAUGUGGAUGUUGUGAGAAUAGUAAUUUUUUAUAUGUUACAACUUGUAAACAUGUUUAUUGUCGGAAAUGUUUGACUUUAAACAAUAAUUUUUGUGUUAUUUGUAAAUUGAGGCUAGGUAACAAUCAAAUAACUAGAUAUCAUUUUUAAGACUAAUUUAUUGCAUAUUUGUGAUUUAAACAUUUAUAUUAAAUGAAUAAACAUUUGAUUUACUGUAAUUGGUUAUAUCUUUUUUGUAAUUCGCG